UUGGCAAUGUUUGUUUCCUCAUCACAUCACGCGAAUGUUGAUGGCAAACCCUAAAGACGUCGCCACAUCCUCUGCUCCACCGGACUCCGGUGACCUCACCGGACACCCCAUCCGGCCUGUGCUCCGGCCAAGACCAAAGGCUCCAUAUGCUUGAAUGAUUGAGUAAUUAUCUAAAAGAAGAUUCACAUUCAUGGAUUUGUUGGCGUUCAUUACCUCCCGUUGUACAAAACGUUUCAUACUGCAAUCCUUCAUCAAAGAGACAAAGAAAAAUAGGGUCAUGCUUUUGUUGCAAACUUCACGCAUGACUAAAUUGUGCCCCCUUUUCGUAUGUCGAAGGAACAAUGUCUGGAGUUGACGCUGCGAUCGAAGCUUGCUGCUGCACAAGCUGCAAAAAAUGUGACAACUUUUCUGAGGCGGAAUUCGAGCUUAAAAACAUAGCUGAAAAAAUGGUUCCCAGUUUCAAGUGGUCAGAAGUAUAUAGUUCUUGUGCUUAGAUUUGUCAUAUGGAUCUAAAGAACUGUAUGCCACUAGAUGAGGCUCAAAGAGUUAGACGUGAACAACCUGGAUCAUUGCAGACUGUACGAUUAAUUUUGUUAAUAGAUCAACGGUCAAGAUUGGAAAUAUAUCAUCAUCAUCAUACUCAGUAAAUCCCACCAAUAGCAAGGCUAAGGUAGGGUCUGAGGAGGGUAAGAUGUAGAUAACCUUACCUCUAUCCCGUAUGAAUAGAGAGGCUGCUUCCAGUGAGACCCCCGGCUCGAUACAUGAAGAUAUUAUAUCAUAUAGAUUAAUUUGUUAUGUUAUAUGCCAUUUAUCGAAUUAAUGAGCAUUUAUUUCUAGUGUUAAUUUAUUCGAUUUAUAUAAAAUAUAAUGUAAAUAUUCGCCUGUGCUGAAACGCUCAUUGGUCCACGUUUUCUGUUUUUCGUAUCCCCUUCCUAUAAAUUGUCUCUAUGCUUCCCCGUUACACUCGUUCAAGAAGAAACAAGGCUCCGAUCUCUUGUUUCAUCCGAUCUUUGCUCACAUACACACACCAAGGUUUAUCAGAAACACGAUGACUUAUAAUCUCCGCACACAUGCAUCUAAACAAGUGCAGGGGAAGAUGCGUUAUAAUCUUCGCCGAAGUGAACCUAGACAACUUCAGGGCAGCACAAGUGAUAUAAAUGAUGAACUGGAAGAACAACCAACUACAGCAGAACUUCUCGAAAGUACUCAUCAUCUCGAAAACAAUGAUUUUGUGACGAAAAUUGUUAAAAAACCAAGGACAGAGAGAGUUGCCGUUGCUAGAAAAUACCCAUCCAGUGUGAAAAUCGUUAUUAAACCCCCACGCUUAUCCAAGCUCAAGCCUCCGUCAAGAUCAGACGGGUUCAAAACGGAUAGAAAAGCUCUCAAGAUUCUAAAUACGGCAUCACAAGAGUUGAUUGCCCGUAUCAACAAGGCUGCGGAUGCUAACGAAAUGAUAGAUUUAGCUUCAAAAGCAUUUGACUUUCUUGAUAUUGUUCCGGUUGAUUACACACCGGUGUACGAAGCCGCUCAUUCUGUCAUCAGUCAACGCUGUGACAUAGAAGCUCUAGUCCAACAGAAGCCGCAAUAUGCUUUUGAUACAAUAACUGCGCACAACGAAGCAGCCUCAGAGUUUUCCGAGGCCGAAGAAAGAUACAGUGGAGUUAACAGGGAGCUUGAAGAAGCCCAACGUGAUGUUGAUGGAAGUACAGCUCGCCUCAACUAUCUGUAUGAUGAAAGAAAGAAGGCAGAGGAGGAGAAGAAAGAAAUCGAGGCAAAAGUUGCUGCUGUACGAGCUGAUAAAGCUAGUUGUGACGAGGCCUAUUCUAGAGCAAAAUCAAAGCUCGAGGAAAUAGCCCCGAAAAUGAGUGAGGCUCAGAAGGAAAUCGAUGAGUUUGAAAGGCGGUGGAAGGAAGUUACGGAGAGAUUGAACCUUGCCAUGGAGGAGUUAUCUAGGCUUAGAAUCUAAUCUUAAAAAGUUUGUUUAGCUUUUUAGUGUUGUACAAGUGGUGGUGUUUGUUAUCAUGUUGUUUGGGAGUUGGUAUUAUGACUGAUUUUAUUA